AGUUGCUAUUCCUGGCCAUCCUCCGCCUUUGGCUCCCUACCGUUAUAUGUACGGGGCUUCCCCCUUCCGUUUCGGUUUCCUCCCAAAGAAGGAGAACUCCAACCCAACCAAAGAGAAAGGUAAAGGCGGACACCCCAGGAAUAAUAACAAAAAAAUAAACUGCAAGGAAGAAAACUGGUAGGGGAUGAUGUCCGAAAGUGAGGAGCAUGGCUCGCUCCUUGAGAAGAUCAACGACAAGAUCCACGAAUACAAGCACUCGUCCUCCUCCUCAGAUUCGGAAGAUGACAAAAAGUCGAAGAAAUCCAAGAAGAAGAAGCUCUUCGGGAGGAAGCAUCCGCUCCAUCACGUUCUCGGCGGGGGCAAGGCUGCUGACCUUGUGCUGUGGAGGGACAAACAGACAUCCGGGAGCAUCCUGGCGGGCGUGACCGUGAUCUGGCUGCUGUUCGAGGGCAUAGGCUACCACCUCCUCACCUUCCUCUGCCACACGCUCAUCGUCUUCCUCACUGUCUGGUUCGUGUGGUCUAACGCUGCGUCCUUCGUCAACAGGUCUCCUCCGAAGUUCCCAGAGGUCAUUCUAUCUGAAGUACAAUGCCUGAAGAUAGCUCAUAUUGCAAGGAAAGAAAUCAAUGAGGCUUUCUAUACACUGCGCAACGUUGCUUCUGGGAAAGAUCUGAAAACAUAUCUGACAACGGUUGCAAUCUUGUGGUUCAUUUCUAUAAUUGGAAGCUGCUUCAGCUUCCUGACUCUGUCUUACACUAUUUUCCUGAUGGCAUACACGCUGCCAAUGCUGUAUGAGAAAUACGAAGAUCAAGUUGAUGUUGUGGGUGAGAAGGCCCUUAUUGAGAUAAAGAAGCAAUACAAAGUGAUUGAUGCGAAGCUUCUCUCUAAGAUCCCAAUGUUGUCUGAGAAAAAACAGCACUGAAGUGGCACUCCAAAGGCCUUCACCCUUAAUACUUCCAGAGAGACUCAGCACAUUACCAAUACAGUCUCCUACUUCAUCUUUUGUCGCUGUUUAGCAAUCCUUAAGAUGACGUCAUAGACGUUAUAUGAAGUCUGAAGAUCGGGAAAUUAACUUUUCCAAGCCAUAUAGAACAGAACACUGUGAUUACCACGUGGAGUAUGCUUAUGCUUUUCAGUAAGUCCAUUUGAUUUUGUUUGGUCAAAGAUACAUAUGCUGGACUAAUUGUAAUUAUUUGCUAUGCCUAUAUGUUCAUUGGUGCAUUUUGAUAGUGAUCCAUUUAUCCAAUUCUGUUUGAAUGAAGCUCAA